AUGGCAGACGUUCCUCCAGAACAGGAAAUCUUGACCAAGGCCAAAAACGACGCAAGCGUAAGCGGCCAGAUCAAGUAUCUCUCAACAGCAGAAGCAUAUGAUCUUUGGUCAGAAGUCUACGACACCGACGGCAACUUCCUCCAAGCACUAGACACCAUCGAGAUGAAGACACUCCUGCCCACCGCUAUCCGACUCCUCAACGCAGACAACUCCUCCAAAUACCCACCAUGGAAAGCAGUCGACCUAGGCUGUGGAACAGGCAGAAAUACCCUCCAACUCCUCAACACAGACGAAAUCCACGAAAUCCACGAAAUCAUUGGCCUAGAACUAUCACCCAAAAUGAUGCAGAUCGCCCAGGACGCAUGUCACGACAACCUCCUAUCCAAGAGCAGGAGCAGGAGGGAAAGAACUACCAAAUCCGACACCACAAUCGAGCAAAAAGUCACGUUCGAAACAUACGACAUGAUCACGUCCAAAUCCGCAGCACCCGCACCAGCAAAAGGAGCUGAUCUAGUCGUGUCAACGCUAGUCCUCGAGCACAUACCCACCACGCAGAUCUUCUUCGAGACAUGUGCGAACAUGCUCAGGCCAGGCGGUGUGCUUCUGUGCACGAACAUGCAUGCGCAGAUGGGGAAGAUCAGCCAGGCGGGGUUCGUGGAUCCGAAGACGGGAGAUAAGAUCCGACCGGUGAGUUAUGCGCAUACAGUGGAGGAUGUUGUGAUGGCGGCGGAGGCGGCUGGGUUGGAGUUAGUUGGUGGUGAUGGUGAAGAGGGGGUGAAGGAAGUGGCUGUUGAUGAGACGCUGGCGGAGAGAUUGGGUCAACGGGGGAAGAAGUGGGUCGGCGUGACUGUGUGGUUUGGUGGACUUUGGAAGAAGACGUGA